UUAGCCACUGCAGACACGGCCGCCAACAUUGCAAUCCACCCGAUGGUAGAAGUUUCCAGGAAACAAAAGGCGUAUCGGAAGGAUAAGAGGGUCAGAUACGAACCUUCUUCUCCUAAGGAUUUACGACAAAAAUCUUCAAAACUAAAGCCAGUCAUUCCUUCUGAUCCGAAGGGUAAAGAAAAAGCAAAAGAGGUCGACGGCACAUCCUUACAACCCUCUCAACAAUCAAUACUUCCCAACAAGUUACUCUACGGAUUGGAGGGCACAGCAGCUUCCUCGAAAUCUGGAUACGAGUUUCACUUGAAGCCAAUUUUCAUAUUCCCCGCGCAUGUCUCUCAUAUCAAAGCUGUUGCAGCUUCGCCAGGUGGAAAAUGGCUAGCAACAGGAAGUGCGGAUGAAAUUAUCAAAGUAUGGGAUCUGGCAAGGAGGAAAGAAAUAGGAGGUUUGAUGCACCACGAAGGAUCUAUCACAUACCUGGAGUUUCCAUCGCGAUCCCAUCUACUCUCUGCGUCCGAGGACGGCACACUAAGCUUAUUCCAUGCACGCGACUGGGUCGUUCUCCGCACCUUCAAAGGUCAUAAGGGCCGUGUCAACUCUGUUGCAAUCCAUCCAUCUGGAAAAAUUGCACUGAGUGUUGGACAAGAUCGCACACUUCGUAUGUGGGAUUUGAUGCGCGGAAAGGGGUCUGCUAGCAUUAAGUUGGGGAAAGAGGGAGAGAUCGUGCGGUGGUCAGUUGGAACGACGUUUUUCAUUGUACAGUAUCACUCGACCCUCGAAAUAUUUUCCACUGAUAUGGUUUUGCGCCAUAGCUUAUCACACGCUUCCAGGAUUCACAGCGUGCGAUUUUGUAGGUGGGCCGGCAGCGGAGAACUAAUGCUUGUCGCGGCGGAAGAUAAGAAGGUAUCUAUAUAUCACUUUUUGGAGGACCCAGAAAAGCCUCCAUCAAUUAUUGCUGAAAUGACUGGCCACUCUAAUCGCGUCAAAGCCGUGGAAACGCUCGAAGUUGCUGUACCAGAACCAGAAACCAACACAAAGAACGCCCGGAAGUCGACGACAAUAGCUUGUACCAUCUCAUCCGACGGAAACAUUUUUGUGUAUGAUCUAGCAGUGUUGCAUGACGGCAUUACAGAACCAAUGCAGUUACGCCCCGUGGCGGAGUACGAUACUAAGGGCACACGACUAACGUGCCUAACUGUCUCAGGAAAUAGAUCUAGAGAUGAGUCCGACGCUGAAAACGCAAAAAUUGGAAAGCGGAAACGUACCGAAGAUCAAGAAGACAGUGGGGAGGAGGACCAGGAAAAGGGGGCAGAGGAAGAGGAGGAGGAGGAGUGAGAACCGAGACUGGGUGGCCAGGAGUGGAUGCCAUAACCACAAGUGUCAUCUGCAAGACU